GUAACUACUUGCGAACGUCAAGCUGUGAAGGACACUCGUAGUAAAUACUAAGAAGCAAAGACAUAGUAGAACGCUGAAGGAGUGAACUGUACGUGGAGGAUUUUGUAUUUUUCUCUGGCUGUCGUUCUGGGGGCGUGUGCUGUGUUGCUACUUCGUCGGCGGUGUUCUUAAAUGUUUAAAUUUCGUUUGUGGUUCUUCAAGAGUACAUAUGGCGGGUUUGAAAAAAGAAAGCGAACGCCAAAAAUGGAACACACUGCUUGUUAUUGAUUUUUCCUCAUCAAACCGUUAACCAAUCACGGAGGAGUUCACUCUUUUUAAAGGGUGAGGUUUCGAUGCUCGUUUGGUUAGCCAUAUUUAAAUGGACAGCCAUUAGGUUGACUGUGUACUAUGUUCCUGUGGAUUAAACAGUGUUAAGUUUGUGUUAUAUCACGGUGUCGGAAAGGCGGAUUCCUAAAUGCAGGUUGCUACACUCUUUCGGGAAACAGCUACGCUCUUGGGCGCAAGCAUGGAGGCCCAAGAUCCGCCAGGGGUUGAGACGCAAGGGUUUAAAUUUAGGCCAACAUUCCUGGAUGGACCUGUGAAACUAGAAACUCAAGAUGAUGGCUAUGAAACAAGUGGUGACCUUGAACUGAGGACACAAGUAGAAAAUCAGAAAUUCAUGAAUCAUCUUCAAGGCCCUCAUCCAGCCAACAUCAAAUGUGAGCCUACUGAAGAUCCAUAUAGUUUUGUGGAUGAUGAUCCGACACCCACUGCUCAACAUAGGCAACAAUCUGUUGUUUUACAGCCCAUCCCAAAGAAAAGAGGGCGAAAAAAGAAGAAUUGUUUGGAGGGAGGGUUAGAGAAUGCAGAAAAUUUAAUGAAUGGGGAUCCAUUGAUGAAGAAGAAAUUAAAAGAAGGAAAAUUUAUACCAAUUUUCAAGGAACGGAAAAAACAUGACCGUUUUAAUGGCAUGUCGGAGGAGGAAGUUUCGAAAAGAACGUUGCCAGAUCAUUUAGCACUUAACUUGGACAUAGUUAUUAUUGGAAUCAAUCCUGGGCUGUUUGCAGCCUAUAAGGGACAUCACUAUGCAGGACCUGGAAACCAUUUCUGGAAGUGCUUGUACCUUUCUGGAUUAACACCAGAACCAAUGACAGCUGACGAUGAUUACAAGCUCCUUCAGGUUGGCAUAGGAUUUACAAAUAUGGUUGCAAGAGCCACCAAGGGAAGUGCAGAUUUGACUCGAAAAGAAAUAAAAGAAGGAAGCCAGAUACUGCUUGAAAAACUUCAAAAAUUCAAGCCCAAAAUUGCUGUAUUCAAUGGGAAGCUGAUAUUUGAAGUAUUUUCUGGGAAAAAAGAUUUUAGUUUCGGGAGACAACCGGAAUUUGUUGAUGGGACGAAUACAUAUAUGUGGGUGAUGCCAUCAUCAAGUGCCAGAUGUGCACAGCUUCCUCGUGCUGCUGAUAAGGUUCCUUUUUAUGCUGCUCUCAAGAAAUUCAGAGAUUAUCUCAAUGGAAUAAUUACAGACCUUGAUGAAACAGAGGUAGUUUUCACAGACUCUAAGCUGAAGAACUACUUUGAACCGGAACUGAAAGAUGAGCCAAAGGAUGAGCACAGUUUCUAUGGUUAUGGACGAAUUCCUGCCAAUGAUGAGCUGACUGAUCUGAGUAAUGCAGUCAUGAAAAAAGAAGAUCAGCCACCAGCUAAGAAGAAGAGAGGAAGGCCAAAGAAGAUUAAAUCAGAUUGUGUUGAAGUAAAAAAACCUAGUGCCGAAGCACCGAAGAAAGAGCCUAACAAUGUUUGUGAAGUGCCAAAGAAGAAAAGGGGCAGGCCAAAAAAAAUUAAGACAGAGGAUGUAAUUCCAAAUACUAAUGGCCUUAUUGACCAUACAAAUUCAUCAACAACAGUUUCUAAUAAUUGUUUCUCUCCCCCUAUUCAGUCACCAUCUAGCUAUGGACAACAGAAUUUCUCACCUUCAUAUGGAGGACACUCUCAUUCGUACUCCCAACACCCUUCGCAAUCACCAUCAGAAAUUCCUAAUUAUCAUCACUCACCUGUUCCAUCACAGCAGCAUUAUACACAGUCCCCUCAGCCACCAUCACAGUCCUUCACUCACUCUGAUCUUUCAUCUGAAAUCAGUGCAGCAAUUUCGUCUGAACAUAAUCUAGGAUCUCCAUCACCAACUUCUCCAAGUCUGGCACCUCCUGACUUUGAACCUCCGAGUAGCAUGCCAGAGGAAACAAAUGAUGGGCAGCAAAGUGCGGCUAGAACAUCAAAGGAAGAGGUAAUGGGAGAAAAUAACCAAAAUCCCACUGAGUGUCGGUUUUCAAGUCCUGCACCUCCCAAUGAUUCCAAUAAUCUAGGUUACCCAAAUUAUGGAAAUUUCCAGACAAGUCCAGAUAACCAUUCUGUUUUAGGUUAUACAGGGACAGAAUACAAUUCAAAGAGAAAUUUAAACCAGGAUGUAUCAUCCAAAAGUUUAUCAGGGCUUGAAUCUUUGGUAGAUCAAAUUCCAAGUAUUGCAGAUGGUGAGGCCCCUCAUAGUACAAUUGGAAACGGUAAUGUUGAAGAGCAGUUCAGCAAUGGCCAUAUUCCUACCACUCAGUUUAAUGACAACUCAGGGUACCUUGGAGGCUAUUCAAGUGGUCAACAGUACAGUGCAGCGAACGGUCACAAUUCUAAUAAUUAUAGUCCACAUUAUACAAGCUCUGGUUCAAACUACUCUGUCAGCACAUCAAACAGUUAUAGUUUGCAUCAUAGUAAUGGAAGCAUGAACUUUUCUGUAACAUCACUUGCAAACAGCAGUACAGCAGUGAAUCAUGAAGCAGGAGGACAAGUUUCUAGUUCAUUCUCUGUCAGCAGCUUAGCUUCCAACUAUGCACCAAUGAACUCUAAUGUUAAUACGUACCCCAAUCUAAUUGGUGCACCACACCCAAUGGCCAGUCAUGUAGUGAGUAGUGCAAAUGGAAUGUUUGGCAAUGGAAUGAGUGGUGGAAUAAUGGAACGAGCAUGUGGUAUGGGCAGUUCGAUGGGAACUCUGGGAUCACCUGUGGGACUUCACAACCCCAUGAGCAUGGGAACACAUUCUUUGCCAUAUCCAUAUGGUCAGUACUCUCAUAGUGCUCCACCGUAUGCUGGAGCAUCUGGGGGUAGCUUUCAGUAUCCUCCAGCUCACAGCUUGCAUGUGCCAAGUCCAAAUUAUCCAUACCCGUCCCCGUACUCAAACAGUACCUAUCCUCAACCGAGCUACCUCCCAAAUCACAUGCUUGAUCGAUUAAAACAGGACAGAAUGGAUAUUGGGUUUGGUAGUUUUUGAUAGUUAUGUUAAUAAUGAACAGUAAGAAGAGGACUUUUCAAGAAACAGUUGCAAUCUAACAACAGUUAUAUGUGCAUUUUGUAUGUAGUGACAAAGAAGAGAAUGAUAAAUUCAGUGAUGUGUGCAUGUAAUCCAGUGUUUGUUGUAUUCUAAAAUUUAUAUUUAACUUUAUGAAGAUCUACUAAUACAUUGCAGUAUGGAUGCAUAGCUUUUUUAAUGUGAUACUGUUAAAAAUUACUAUAACUUGUACAAAAAUAACAGGUGUGUUGUUAUUUGACUGCCUGUUUGUUUUUUGUUUUUGUUUAAUCUUAUGUUGUGUUUGAAAAUAAUCACAGGGUAUAUAAUGCCAAAACUCGUCAAUGUGCUAGAGACAUGGUUUUGUAUCUUAUGGGAGCUUCUAAAGUCUCCACUGUAAAUUUCAUGACAGGCUUCAGUACUGUGAUUUUUAAGAUCUGCCACAAGGCUUUGUUCAGAAAUAUAUGUUGAUGGAUCUCUAUGUGCAGAAUUUUUUGAGUUUUCAUGGCAGCUGGCCUAUAGUUGUAUUACUGUUUCAAUUUUUUCCUCUGUAAUUCAUGUGUGUGACUGAAAUGUCUGUACACAACUUUGUACAUUGAGUCUCUCUCUCUCUCUCUCUCUCUCUCUCUCUGUGUGUGUGUGUGUGUGUGUGUGUGUGUGUGUGUGUGUUUUGAAUGCACAUAUGUGUGCUUGGAGGUGUGUGAGCAUGCACAUUCAUGUGCACACAUGCAAAUAUGUCUGUCUGCCUGUCUUAUGACUGUCUGUCUUAUGUCUGUCUGUCUUCUCUCCAAAUGUUAGAUGUGAUGCAUGUAUGACUGAAUAUUUUUCUAAGAAUGAAAAUACAUGGGAGUGGUUAAACAAAAGCUUUUAGUAGAGUAGGUGAAGUUACCAGAAUUGUACAAAUACAGAAACUUGAUUGUACUGUUUUAUGUCAAUGGUAUGUAGUAAAUUGAAUGGAUUACUGUUUUAAGACUGCAGCUGCAAAUCAGCAUUGACCAUGAUUUUAUUAAGUUGGAUGGUGUUCAGUCACUGAGGUCAACAGAAUAUGACAUUUUCAGUUAGAAUGUCUGGGAUUCCUGCCUGUCAUUAAUAAAAGUUUUGAAUUGUU